CACGUUGCAAGCUUCAAACGCAUUGACACCAAGGGAAGGUUAUGUGUAUAUAGCGCUCAUUACGCGUGUGUAAUAAUUGAGUCGCAACACCUUCUGAUUUUGCUUCGGUCGGCCCUUUCCGUGGCCUUUGACGGCACCGCGUCUUUUUUUAGGAGUCACAGGGGUCUUAGUCACGAUGGGUAACCAGCAAAGCGCCUCUGCCCCGCCGCCCGCGACAUCAGCAGCGCCGUGCGCAGAGGCUGCAGCUGCAGCGGGUGCUGAACCACCAUCUUCGUGUCCAGUAAACCCGAAGUACAAGAACCCAGCGGUUUACAACGUGUAUGGUCAGCGCAUCAACGACCCCAACAGCCAGGCGAAGCCCAGCCCGCUCGCGUCUAUUACGGGUGCCGACGUAUUAGACCCAAAGAACAACAUGCCGCUGGAGCCGAACCAGCUGCCCUGCCCAGGGCAACGUAAGCCGCUGUCGACGGAACGUGUUGCAUCCAACAUCCCGAAGGGCGGCACGGAAAGCACGUGGCUCUUCCCCUCGCCACAGAUGGUCUUCAACGCACUCAAACGCAAGGGCAAGGGCGAUGACGUGACGGAGGAUGACAUGGACGGCUUCAUUGCGGCGCACAACAGCAUGAACGAGGCAACGUGGCAGCGGGUGGCGCAGUGGGAGAUGUUGCACCGCGGCGAGUGCGACACGCCCACGCUUCUGCGCUUCCAGGGCAAGCCGCACGACCUCAGCCCACUGGCCUGGGUGCGGCACAUGCUGGGCGGCCCCGCACCCUUCGACCGGCACGAUUGGGUGAUUGACCGCUGCGGCAAGGAGGUGCGCUACAUCAUCGACUUCUACUUCUUUGACGACAAGGCCGGCACACCACAGGCUUUUGAGAUCGUGGCUCGCCCAGCGGUGGACAGCGUGGAGGCCGCCCUGGACCGCGUCAAGAUGAACAUCUACCUCAAGUUCGCUGAGUGGGGGCUGCCCUGCCCCAUCACGGGACAGGCAGGCGCAGUGGCGCAGGCAGCGGCGGCGGCGGGCGGCCAGCAAGCGGCCAGCGGCAGCUCGUGAGCGCAGCGGUGUUGGGCGUGCUGUAUGUGUAGAGUGCUGAGGAUGAGAGGGCGAGUUUUAUGGCAUUGUAAUGUCCGGCCCAAGAGCUGGGCCAGGCAGUGGUUCCAGCAGGGACGGCUGAGUGCAAGCAGGAGCAGUCGCUGGGGUAGGAUAGAAGGACUGGGUUAGGGAAUGCUGGCGGGGUGGACCAGGUCUGGAGGGCUGGAGGUAAGCUAAUUAAGUGGACAGGACCAGGUCUGGAGGGCUGGAGGUGGGCUAGUUGAAUGCACAAGAUGAUUGUUCCGUGGACAGGCGCAUGUAGAAGCCUUUGGGGGUCAGGGUGUGGAGGGGCUCAGCUCCCUUUCCCGUGACCGGGGAACACUUGUCGGGUCAGGGGCAGCAUUGACAUAACGGAUGCUAUGCCCGACCCCUGUUGAUAGACCAGUCGCGUGUGUAUGUUUGCGGACUCGGCUACCGUGUGUUAUGCCGCGCAUGUGACAUUUGAGUGUGGGUGUGGGCGGCCAGAGCAGUGAAUGCGCCCGUGUGAUGACCGCGUAUGCUAACGUGCUGAUAACCGUGUGUGUUGCGCACCUUGUGCCUAGUGGGGGUUGCCAACUGAUUGUCUACUGGUGAUUACGUGGUGCCAGUGCCGGCGGACGUGCCGGUGUGAAGUUUUGGAUUUAGUGACGUGCUCCUUAGAGUGUGGACAGGAGAGGCUGACGGAGAGGAGCAGAAGCAGGAGCAGUGGUGCGAGAAGCAGUGCCUUGACAAUAGCGCCGUUGCUGCAGAUCGGCUGCGGUGGCGGCAAGCCGGCAGUGGCAGCUCAGGAGCGCGGUGGUGCGGGGUGUGGGGGACUGGCGUCAGAGGGCGCUAGGUGGCAACUCAUCACUGGCCUCGCUGACGCGUUCAGGCUGGACAAUGCUGUGUCCAACAAGUGCUGAUAUCGCAGCACAGUACACACUGGCUAGCCGCUAGCCUGAUGGCGCUAGGUUGCAAAGAUGGGCGGAAUGGCCGGGUCCGAAAGAUGAAGCUGCUUACACUUGCGUUGAAACCAUGAGGGCUUAAA